UAAUUGUUGAUUGUGUCAAAAGACUCAAAAACAGUUUUCAUUUAGAAUAAUAAUUCUAAUUAACUUAUUCAAAUUAUAUAUAUAAAAAAAAAAAAAAAAAAUUAUGAUUCUCACGACCAGUCAGUGGCCCACACCUGUCCCUUCCUACCUCAUUCUUUACGCAACCUACAAGUAACAACCAAGAAACCAACUAUUGAUUUAAAUAAAGUUCGAACUUCAAAAGGAUUCCCUCCCGCCGCCAAAACCCAGUAAUCCUCGGGAAACCAGGAUUUUACACACAUUCACAUUCAUAUAUAAUAUAUAUAAAACAGUCCUCACGUUAAUACUCCAACAUUGUUUGGAAAAACCCAGAAAGCCUGAGGCGGUGAGGCCCCACGAAGGCCUCUCUCAAUGUCGAAGCCUCAGGGGCCGCCGCGGCCUCUCUACAAGCAGCACUCGUGGACGCCCGACACGCGCCGCGAGGAGGCGUGGUUGAGGCGCAAGGGCAAGUACGCCGGCGACCGCAUCCGCCGUAACAAGAGCCUGUCGGACGAGGACUUGGAGGAGUUGAAGGGCUGCAUCGAUCUCGGGUUCGGGUUCGCGGUGGAAUCGCCGGAUGUGGAUCAGAAGCUGUCGGAGACCAUCCCGGCUCUGGGGCUUUACUACGCUGUUAACCGGCAGUACAGUAACAGCAUGUCGAGGUCGUCGUCGUCGUCGUCGAUGACUUCCGAUAGCGAAAUCGAAAGCCCCGGCGUCAUAAUAAAUCAAGGUGACGAUGCUGAGCUGGUAAAGACGAGAUUACGGCAGUGGGCUCAGGUGGUUGCUUGCGUAGCACGCCAAUCCUCUUAAACCCUAAGCGGGUCAUGAUUUCGAAAGGAUAUGACUUUGUGGUGGUGGAUUCGGGCCCCAUGGUGGGCGCCAGUGGUUGAUACGGAAAAUCUUGGGAGGCUUUCCGCCGCCGGCGUCGCUCCAAUAGCCUUUCAUUGUUUUGCAGGUGGCCUGCCUAGAAUUUACUGGAUCAACAGUAUACCAAAAUCAUAAUCUAAUUCCAGUAUUUGUUAAUCAUUCAAUUUUGUAAUGCAAAUUCUUUUUUUU